UAAAGUGUUGACUGCUGUCCACUUGUGUAUAUCGUUUUCAGAAUUGCAGUUGAAGAUAAACAUAACAAAAAUGUGUAAUGUUAUAUCAUGGUUCAUAUUCUGGAUGUUUUUAUUUACGUGUACUGAUGGUUCCGUUACCAUAAAUUCAUCAGCAGAGACUGUUCCAGAGGGGUCAUCUUUGACAUUAACAUGCACGUACACUGGAAUUAAUCAGCUGGUUUCAAUAAGAUGGAUAAACAAUGGCAAUAAUUCGACACGAAAAUACGACAUAACAAUCCAACCACAAGAACCAUGUUCAAUAUUUGGGACUGGUCUCAACGAAACUCUCUUCACCUACACCUGUCACACGCUGACUAUUUUAAAUGUAACACGGAAUUAUCAUAACGACAACUUUACAUGUCAAGCAAAUGGGAAUAUAAACAGUGGCAAUAGUGUUGUCGUCAGUGUUGCAGUGCCAAUAUCAACAGUAGUCAUGACAUCACCAACAGAUUCAAAUGCCACUGUCAACGCGGGCUCAUCGAAGAAUUUCACGUGUCGUACAUCUGGGGGUCUUCCACAACCAAUAGUGGAGUGGUAUAAGACGUCUAAUAGCAGCUGCACCAGGAAUGGCUUCAAGAUAAUGAAUUCCAUACCCAGUUCACCGUCUGAAAUCAAUGGUCUUAUACAGGUGGAAAGUUCACUGUUAUUCACAGCAUCCAGUUUGGACAAUAAUCUCUGGAUUUGCUGCGCGGCAAGUAAUAUCAACUCUCAGUGGAAACUGUCAGGAACGAAGCUUCUAGACGUAAGAUAUCCUCCACCUAAUCCGCCAGUGAUUGACGACUUCAACACAAUAACGGAUUACCAGAUGAUAGAGAAUAGCACCGAACGCCUGACAUGUAGAAGUACUGGCGGUAAUCCUCUUGCCAGCCUUGCGUGGAGUUGUUACAAUGGCAUCGAGUCAAACCCUAACGUUAGCGGCGGUUCAAUCAGUCGUUCUGUACAGUUCACAGCGCUGCGUAACCAAGACAACACGUGCACGUGUACUGCCACGCAUGAGGCGGGACCGUUGCAACAGGCUACAAUGGACGUCAAUAUUAUGUAUCCCCCUUCAAAACCGGAAUUCAAAGUGGACGGUACACCAGUGGGCGUCGCGAUUAGCAUAAUUAAAGACAGUGAUCAGACGGUGACGUGUCACAGUUUUGGAAAACCUAAUCCAUCUACAAACGAUUUCACAUGGACAAAAGGAAGUGUCAUUGUUAGUUCCAACUCGGUUUUAAGCUGGACCGGCGGAAUCAGAAUUCAGGAUGGAGGCAGUUACAAAUGUACCGUUACAACAACGAUGACACCAUCGAAUACCAGCAAAACUCCAGUUACAACAGAGGUAUCUUCUGACGUCACCAUGAAUGUACUAUACGCCCCGUCCACACCAGAAAUACGAAUGAACACUUUGAGUGGAGACGUGAUAACGGACCAGAUCACGGUUGUGAUUAACAGGCAGUUUGAGUUGGCGUGCAAGGCGACAGCGUAUCCAACCGCAAAUUACAGUUGGACAGGCGGCUCCAGAACAUAUCACACACAGAUUCUACAGGAUACCAUUACAACAAAGACAAACACGUCAAGGACAUGUACAGCCCAUAAUGUGCUGAAACCGUCCGUCGGAAUUGAGCAGACCCCAUCCUCGUCAGCUUCUAUAGCUGUGUAUAUCAAUUGUAAGUUCAAUUGA